AUGAGUUACAAGGGGAAUAGUGAUGAAGUAAAUCCAUAUAUACGAAAGGUGUAUAUGGUGCGUAUAGUAUAUGAUGUGAUGAUUUGGUUUGCAUUAAUUUCUCUCUUAGUCUCUAUGGUGUGGUUUAAUCAUCGACAUUUACGUAUUCGUUCCAAAUCUAUUUACUACUGCUGUAUUUUUGCUAUUUGUAGUGUCAUUAUCAGUAUACUCUUUCUAUUAUUUAAUUAUCCUAGUAUAUGGAAAGAUCAAAUUGCCUGGACAACACGUAUAGGUGCGUUUGGUUGGCUUAUACUGCUCCUCUAUUCUGUUCAGCAUGUUCACAUUCCUAAUAUCAUUUUCACUUCUUUGCUACUAUUACUUUUAAUAACGGCGUGGGUAAAUAUUUCAGUACAACUUUUAUCCUCUAUGUUUUACUCAGCAGAUAUCAUUGCCGAUAUUGUAUUAGUGAUACCACACACAAUCAUAUUUAUUGCCAUUGCUGAUUGGGAAUGGUUGAUUGUACAUGAAAUCACUUCUGUAUUCCGUUGGAAACCAACUACUACUACUACUACUACUACUACUACUACUAACACAACAACAACUACAAAAACUAAUACAAUGGAAUCUGAAAUCUCUGCAGAUGUGUAUAAUGAUGGAUUUCAGUCUAAUUUACUUCCUCUACGUCGUGAUAUGUGUGUGGAUGCAUAUACGCCAGAGAUGCGUUUUGGACGAACACAUUCAUUUUUAUAUAUACUUAUGAGGCGUUGGGGAGGAAUGUAUCUUUUAUUAGCCAUUGUGCGAUUGAUGUAUGAACUUGGUGGUUUAUUGCCAGCGUAUCUAUUGCGUACAUUAGUGGAUAAUCUCGUUCAAGCACAGUCUGGGAGUACAAAGAAUGGAACUGGAGAUUUUCAAACAUCUGCAGUGGUAUUGUUUUUAAUUAUUUUAUGUACACUUGUAGUAACAUUUCUUCGGGUACAUUAUAAUAUGAAGCUUAAGAAGAUAGCCGUUUACAAUCGAGGUUUAUUGACAAUGGAACUUUUUAGAUGUACUUUAAAUAGACGAAAAUAUCAAAUUGAGAAUAAAACACAAGGAGAAAUUAUGAAUCAUCUUACAGUUGAUAUUCAACGGGUAUCGGAUGCUGUUCAAACCAUUAAUGAUUUAUGGGCUUUACCAUUACAGUUGAUAUUUGCUCUUUAUCUUCUUUAUAUUCAAGUAUCUUUUGCCUUUCUUGCAGGUGUAGUGGUGACGCUUCUACUUAUUCCUGUUAAUGCCUUACUUGCGAAACGUAUUAAACAUGUACAAACCAAUCUUAUGCAAGAAAAUGAUGAACGUGUAUUGACGAUAACAGAAAUUGUAAAUAAUAUACUUUAUGUAAAAAUGUGUGGUUGGUCUCAUUUAGUACAAGGAUGGGUAAAAAUACCACGAGAACAUUAUAUGAAAUAUCUUACUUGGUUAAAGUAUUUAGAUGCCUUAUGUGUAUUUUUUUGGGCUACUACACCAACACUCGUAUCUUUAUUUACAUUCAUUACAUUUAUUUGGAUGGGAGGACAUUUAACUACUGGUAAAGCCGUUACCGCAUUAGCCUUAUUUGGAUCUCUUAUUAUGCCUUUAAAUGCCUAUCCAUGGGUUAUUAAUGGUUUUAUGGAAGCCUACGUAUCAUGGAAGCGUUUACAACCCUUUUUAACGAUAAAAUUAAAUGAUAGAACUCUAACUUCAAUGAGAUGUUCAUUAAAAGAUAGGAGUAAUAUAAAAGAUUAUAGAAAAAAAGAAGAAGAAGAUGGUCAAUUGGGUAGAAUAUAUAAAGUAGGAGAGAGACAACCUUUAUUACUGGAGAAGGAUAUAGCAGAUAAUUCAUAUCAAGUACAACAAUCUUAUUCGAAAAGUUUUCAAUUAUUUGAAGAAACAAAUAAUGAUUUUUUAGUUAAUAUAAAAGAAAGUGGUGUGAUUUGUACAGUUUCAGUAAAAGAUACAAGUUUUAAAGAUGAUUUUAUAUUACGUAUUCCAAAAUUUCAAGCCUCUCGUGGUCAACUUAUAGCCAUUGUAGGACGUUCUGGAUCUGGAAAAAGUACAUUUUUAAAUUCUAUUGCUGGGGAAGUGAUGAUAACUUCAACAAGUGCUUCUACAGAUGUUAUCUCUAUCACACCAACAUCUAUAGCUUAUGUGGAGCAGCAACCUUUUUUAAUAUCAGGAACCAUUAGAGAGAAUAUUCUCUUUGGUCUUUCCUAUGAUUCUAGUCGAUAUGAGGCGGUUCUUCACGCUGUGGCGCUAAAAGAAGAUUUAAAUUAUUGUUUUCAUCCAGAUGGUGAUAAUAGUCCUGUGGGAGAUCGUGGUGGUUUAUUAAGUGGAGGUCAGAAAGUACGAGUGGCAUUAGCUCGUGCCCUUUAUGCUGAUAAGGAAGUAUACCUUAUAGAUGAUCUUCUUGGUUGUUUAGAUGCUACUGUAGCUCAUCAUAUUAUAAUAGAAGCUUUUGUAGCUGCAGCGAAAAGAGGAAGUUGUGUUAUUGUUGUAACCCAUAAUGAGGAACUUAUACAACAAGCAGAUGCUGUAUAUAUAUGUAAUGAGGGUCAUAUUUUAUACACCAAUCAAUAUUAUGAUACUAUUGGAUCAUCUUUAAAAAGUAUACAGAAAAAAAAAUCGGAUUCCAUGAUAAUAGGAUGUACAAUAAAGAAAAAAAAUGUUCAAAUUGAAGAAGAAGAAGAAGAAGAAGAAGAAGCAAAUAUAAAUAUAAAAAGGGAAAAGGAUAAAAUAAAUGUAAAAAAAGUAGAAAAUGAAGUGUUGGAUAGAAUAGUUUCUAAACCUAUUUUAGAAACUUCUGAGCGUGGAUCACUUUCAUGGGAUACCGUUACAUGUUAUAUUAGUCGUAUUGGUUGGAAAUUAACUGGAUUUAUUGUAAUUUCAGUUAUUGCUAUGCAACUCUCUCGUAAUCUUAGUGAUCAAUAUGUUGUUGUUUGGUCUAAAGAUGGUAAAAGUAAUACCACUAUGUUUUUACGUGUUUUGGGAUUACUUGCGGUAUUAAAUAGUUUGUUAGCACUCGUACGUGGAUUUUGUUUUGCCAUUGGUGGACUUAAAGCCGCAGAGAGAAUUCAUAAUGAACUUUUAUAUCAUGUCAUUUCCGCUACUUUUGCCUUUUUCAGUAAUACACCGCCUGGACGUAUUAUUACUCGAAUGACAAGAGAUAUAAGUACAAUUGAUGAUUCCUUACCAUUUAUUACAAAUAUCUUGCUAGCUCAGACAUUUCUUUUUAUAGGAUCUUUAAUUAUUAUUCUUGUGAAUUCUAGUGUUGUGAUGAUGUUUUUAUUAUUACCUCUUUUGUUAUCUUAUUAUCAUAUACAACGUCCUUAUCGAAUAUUUUCACGUGAAUUGAGACGAUUAGAAGGAGCCGCUGAUGCUCCUUUAUUAGAUACUCUCCGUGAUUCCAUAGAUGGUGGGGUGUUAAUUCGAUCACUUGGAAGAGAAGCUGUGGAAUCACAACUACGACGAGCCAAAGAAUCUCUUGAACUUAUUCUUCGUAUACAAUAUAAUACUCUUUUAUUGAAUGCCUGGUUUAUUCUUCGUUUGGAGUUGGUAGGUAUUUUAUUACUGAUCUUUGUUGGUAGUGUUGCUUUGCUUGGACACGGAAGUACACAUGCCCCACUCUUGGGAUUAGCGCUUGCAUAUGUACAACCACUAACUUCUUAUGUAAAUGGUCUUUUAGGGGCUUUAAUUUCUACAGAAAAAGAACUUGUUAGUGUUGAGCGUGUACGACAGUAUUUUCAGUUACCUAAUGAAGAGGGAAAUGGAAAAAAUAUGGUUUGUUUAUUUCCUAAAACUCCAUGGCCAUCUGUUGGAGUUAUUCAUUUUACAAAAGUUUCUAUGCGUUAUGAUUUGUCUACUCGACAAGUAUUACAGGAAUUAACCUUUCAUGUAGAGGCUGGAGAAAAAGUUGCAAUAGUUGGACGAACAGGUGCUGGAAAAUCUUCUAUUUUUGCUGCUUUAUUACGUCUUGUAAAUCUUGAUAACGGUUCUAUUACUAUUGAUGGAAUUGAUGUUGGAAAAAUACCAUUAGAAUUUCUUCGUACUUCUAUAGGUAUUCUCCCACAACAGCCAUUUAUUUUUCAUGGUACACUACGUAAAAAUUUAGAUCCUCUUAAUCUUUACACAGAUGAUAAGAUUCAUACCGUUAUGAAUUCUGUUGGUCUUGGUGAAUAUUCUAUGGAUUACGAUAUCGUUAAUAGUGAAAGUAUUAGUGGUGGUCAACGACAUCAAAUUGCGGUGGCUCGUGUAUUACUUCAACAAUCCCGUAUAUUACUAUUGGAUGAACCCACAUCUCAGUCAAGUGUGGAAGCGGAGUCAUUACUAUGGAAAAUGUUAGAUGCGCAUCUAAAUAGAACUACAUUGCUUUGUAUUACACAUAAACUCACACAUAUUGAUUUUUUUGACCGUGUCAUUGUGAUUAAUGAUGGACAUGUUGUGAACAGUGGGACACCGACACAACUGCGGCAAAAUCAUUCAUGGCCUUUUUCUUUGAAUUUAAACACAUCUCAUAUUCUUUAA